AUGGAAAAACACAAGUGCAAAUAUUGUUAUAGAAGUUUCUCCAACGGAAGAGCAUUAGGCGGACACAUGAGAUCACACAUGAUGAACCUACCAAUUCCUCCCAAACCAACCAGGUCACCACCAUCACCACCACCACCACCACCACCAACGAUUCAACUCAGUUUCGAAGCCGAGUCAGACGCAUCUCCUUCAUCCUCAUCUCUCUAUAGCCUAAGAGAGAAUCCAAAGAGAAGCUUCAUCUUCACAGAUCCCAAUCAAUUCAUCGAUGCCGGUUCUAUAAUUCUCCAAGAAAGCAGAGAAAGCGAAACCGAAACUGAGUCGUCGAAAAAUCCAACUCGUCCACGAUCCAAACGAGUCAAGAAACUCGACACGGCGAAACCGAACGAGUCGGGGCUGAGUUCUUCUUCGGAUAUAACUACCGAAGAAGACAUCGCUUUUUGUCUCAUGUUGCUUUCUCGCGACAAUAACAACAAUUGGAGAACAAAAACACAAACACAAACACAAACACAGACACAAACACAACAACACAAUUAUCAUGAUCAAGAACAACAAGAACAACAUCAUUAUUAUAUCGAUGAAGAAGAAGACGAAGACGACGAAGAAGAAGAAAUCGAGGAAAUCGAAGAAGAAGAAAGUGAAGCUGGAUCUGAGGAGGAGGAGGAAGAGAAACCAUUAAAGAAAGUACGAGGAAGAUACAAAUGCGACACGUGUAACAAAGUGUUUCGAUCUUAUCAAGCACUUGGAGGACACAGAGCGAGUCACAAGAAAACUAAAAUACUUGCUGGCGAUUCAACUUCACAACAUGAUGACAAAAUUAACAUCGAAAACAUUAAUGUUAAUAUUAAUGUUAAUGUUGAAAAGAAAAUUCAUGAAUGUCCUGUUUGUUUUAGAGAAUUUUCUUCAGGUCAAGCACUGGGUGGACAUAAGAGAACACAUGGUAUUGGAACAUCAUCAGCAGCAGCAUCAACAUCAACAGCAACAAUAGCAGCAGCGGUUACAGCAGCAACAAACGUCGAGGUUGUUGUUCGAAGUUCUGUGAAAUUCGGAGAUAGUUUGUUAGAUCUAAAUCUUCCUGCUCCUAUGGAUGAUCCUGAUGGUGAGGGUGGUUCUGCAGUUUCCGAUGCAUAA